GCCGAGCACGGCGCAGCCUGCAGAUUGGAGCUUCUUGCGCGCCCCUGUCAUGUCCCCGGGGCUCCCCGGCCCCGCGCUGGCCCUGGCGCUGCUGCUGCCCGGGACUCGCAGUGACUGUGGGUCCCUGCCAAAGCUGAAUCAUGCUAUCCCCUCUGAUAUGGAUCGGAUAGAGGGCUUCCCUGUUGACACACAAGUUACAUACAGAUGCCGUGAUGGGUUUGUUAAUUCCCUGGAAAGUCAGACACUGUAGUGUGCCUUUCAAACUCACAAUGGUCAAACAUCAACGAGUUUUGUGGUCGUAGCUGUGGUACCCCAACAAGAUUUAAGUUUGCUGCCUUAAGUAAGGAAGAUGAGAGCAAGAAUUACCAUCCUGUUGGGAUCACUGUGAGAUAUACUUGUUGCCCAGGGUAUGAGAACAUCACGGAAAUGCUUGUUGUUCGUACUUGUCUUGAAAACUUAACAUGGUCAGAAGCCCCUGAGUUUUGUAGAAGGAAAUCAUGUGGUCAUCCAGGAGAACUACUCCAUGGCAGAGCUGUUCGUAUAACAGAAUUUCCGUAUGGUGCAAAAAUAGACUUCCUCUAUGGAGAUGGGUACAAAUUAAUUGGGCGGCCUUUCAUUCAAUGUAGACUUAAGGGAGAUGAAGUUGAAUGGAGUGAACUUCCAACUUGCCAAGGUAGCUGUGGUGCCCCAACAAGGUUAAAGUUUGCUGCCUUAAGUAAGGAAGAUGAGAGCAAGAAUUACCAUCCUGUUGGGGUCACUGUGAGAUAUACUUGUCGCCCAGGGUAUGAAAACAUCACGGAAAUGCUUCUUGUUCGUACUUGUCUUGAAAACUUAACAUGGUCAGAAGCCCCUGAGUUUUGUAGAAGGAAAUCAUGUGGUCAUCCAGGAGAACUACUCCAUGGCAGAGCUGUUCAUAUAACAGAAUUUCUAUAUGGUGCAAAAAUAGACGUCCUCUGUGAACAUGGGUACAAACUGAUUGGGCGGCCUUUCAUUCAAUGUAGACUUAAGGGAGAUGAAGUUGAAUGGAGUGAACUUCCAACUUGCCAAGUGAUUACUUGUCCUUCCCCUCCUUACAUUGCCAAUGGGACAUACGAUGGCAGGGGUGUAGAAAAUUUUGCUUACAACUCAACAGUAACUUACCGCUGUGACCCUGGGUUCCGGCUUAUUGGAGCUGCCUCCAUUCAUUGUACAACAAAAGAUAAAAUAAGUGGAAUCUGGAGUGGACCUGCUCCUGAAUGCAAAGACACAACUGCACAUGACCUAUUAAAAGGAAAUAAAACAAGUGGUACUUUCUCAGGUUCUAAUAAGGCAUCCAAUAACACGGUACUUGAGAAACAUAAGAAAAAGAGAAUAAAAAGACCGUAUUAUGUAUCACAAUUCCAAAACAAACAUUUCACCAUCACUUCCUCCCAUUCUUCCUCAUUUCCCAGAGGUGACCUGAGGACACGAGGUAGUUGGAUUACUCCACCACUGUUCAGAUUUGCUGUACCACUGUACAUUAAUCAGAACUAUUGUUCUGUCAGAACCAAGGAAAGAUCUAUUUGCCGCCAAAGUUACAUGGGAAUCUCUGGAGUAUUACCCAGCGCCACGUGCUUUCAAAACUUAAAAUGGUCAGAAGUCCCAGGGUUCUGUGGAACGAGAUCUUUGCUAUCCAGGAGAACAAGAGCAUGGCAGAGCUGCUGCUAUAACAGAUUUCCAAUUCGGUGCAAGAGUGGCUUUCACCCGUGAAGAAGGGCGAGUAUCAGGCUGUGGAGAAUGACUUAGAGCUGCUGGCUGACUCUGGAAACUGAGCAUCAAAGGUGCAUGCUGCACCUCCACCUUGAAGUUGAAAUGGGCUUAGUCUUCUUCUGGUAAACUGGACAGUACAGCUUGGUAGAGGGGAGCCUAGACACGUAUGAGAGAGCCCUUCAGAUCCCUGAAGAUUGCAGAAGAACUAUGCAAACAGAUAUUCUGAUGCUCCCAUGACAUUUUUACAAAGGACUUGUCGCAUCCGAACACCUUUCUCUUCAUGUCUGAAACAUGAAAGAGCCCUGAAAAACCUGCCUGCCUUCAAUGUUAGAUAAUCUCGGAGCAGCUCAGUUGCCUCAUCCGUGCUGUACUCUUACUGCUAAUUUCCAAAUAUAAUAUUUGGUAUAAACUAAGGUAUUACGUGCUGCUUCCAUAUGUAUGGCUUGUUCCUGGGAUCUGUUAACUGAUAUUCAUGAGUUUUCUAUUUCAGUUGACUUUAAUUUCUUCUCUCUAUAUUGAGACUAGCCAUUAUCUUGGUAAGCAAAUAAAAACAUUUUUUAAGCUUUCAGUUUUUUUAAUAUUUCACUUUCUCAAUCUCAAACCAAUAUUGCCUUAAUUGUAGAAAGCCACUGUAAGAUACUUGAAUUUCUGUGGGGCUGAAGUAGUUAUUUGCCUAUAAUGCCAUUGUCACGUUGUGCAGUCCAUACGUUUUAUAAAAAUAUAAGUGAAUGUAAUGUAACUGGGAUAUGCUUCAUGCAAAAGGUCUCUUGUAAGGUAUCAUUACAAAGCUCAUAAUCUGAGUGUGAUCAUCCUAUUUGUAGAAAUGUACCACUCU